CCUGACAUACAGGAUUUUGCAAUGAAGCGGAACUGCCUAUACCGCGACAACCGCGACGAUUUGACGUGCAAACUCGGGCCGCUCGCCCAGCUCGCAGCAUUUAUCCAGCAUACUGUUUAAGCGCUAGGGUAGCCCACUCGGCGCCUGGCGCGCGGUCGCGCCAGGCGCGAGAAAGAGCUACCAGCUCCAUCAUGGACCUGGCUGGGCCCGAGCCGGCGACGGCGCCGAAGCCAGCGUCCGCACCGUUGCCCGGGUUCCGCAGCAGCGGCAUCCACAUCCUUGAAGCCUACAUCUCACCUGCUGCGACCACCCGAGCAGCAGCAGCUGGCGUGCACCUCGCAGCAGCCAGUGCACGGGCUGGCGAUGCUAGCACCAGCGCGAGCGCAGCAGGACUUGGCUCCGGCUUCGUGCUCGCUGGCAGUGGCAGUGCUAGCAGGAGGCCACCUGGGCUUGAUGCUUCCCGCGCGCAGGUUGGAGGCAACAGCAGCAGUGCCAGCGGGCGCCCGCAGCUGGGAAGUGCUGCUGCCCCGGCACCGGCUGGCGCUGGCAGCGCCAACGCCAGCGCCAGCACGGUGUGGACGGGCGGCAUCGAUGCUGAUAAUGUGGGAUUCCGCCUGCUGCGUCAGGCUGGCUGGCGUGUGGGCACGGGGCUGGGCGCUGCAAGCCAAGGGCGCCACGACCCCAUUGAACCAAACGCCGCCAAGGGCACACGUGGAUUGGGAUUUGACAGCGCCGCCGCGCGGGAGCAGCAGCGGCAGCAGCAGGAGCAGCGCAAACAGCAACAGCAGUCACAGUCGCAGGGCCAGAAGCGCGAGGCAGAGGGCGUCCCUGGUGGCGCGGGUGCCGGCGGUGGCAGUGGUUCCUCGCAGCGCAUCAAACGCUUGGUGGAGGAGGAGCUGGCCGCGGAGCCACUGGAAGCCAAGGUGGCUCGGCAUCGGACAGCGAUGAGGGCGGAGGCGGAGCAGGCGCGCGGCCGCGCCAUAGAGCGCUACCUGCGCGGCGCCUUCAACGAUCCCUUCGACUCCAUGAACAGUGACAAUUCAAACCCGCUGACACGCCGGCACGCGCUCAGCUCCACCAACCCACUGCUGGACCCCAUCGGCGACUGAAUUACGUCGGGAAUGAGAGUUGUGGGCCCGGCGGGAUUAGAUAAUGCUUCGCGCUGGCCACGGCUGGCAUAGCUUAAUCGUAUUGUGUGUCGCGGUUGUUGGCGGGCGAGGAUGUCAGUUGCUUGAGAGACUCUCGUAAGCCAGCUUGACGGCCAUGCAUACUGUACGGUUUGUCGUUGUGUUUGAGUGACGCGUGCAUGGCGGCCGCGCUACUUUGACAAUGCUCACUGAGUGCCACUGGACAUUGGAAUCCUUGGGAGCCCAAAAGGACUCCCAAGAAGAGAGUGUGAAGGCUGCUGUGUGGAGUCGUGACACAGGCCCAGCCUAAGCCACUCUGUGUUACUAAACGCGGCCUUGCGGUUUCAACGCCUGUGCGCUUCUCGAUUGCAACGUCCGCUAGGUGAAAUGUGCGAAAGUCAGACGCAAAGCGUAUGUAUUCAAGCUCGCUGUGACCCGGGCUCCUCUGAGAGCGCCAACUCAUCGCUCGCUGGCUUGCGCUCGGCCUUGAUGAGCAAGGGCGCCCACGCCUCAAAGGUGGCCGCGAUGUUCAAUGAGUUGCCCCUCAGGCGGCACAGCACGGACGCAUGGCAGUACCUCAUAUGAGUGCGGAGACACGCGACGAACGCAUGAGGGGGCAUGUGGCGGGUUACGCAGAGCCUCACUGACCUCACACGUGUAAUUGUGCCCGGCA